UCGUAGUUAUUAUUUAGAAUUUGAUGUGUUGUUUAGGGAUCCAUAUUUUAUUAAAAAAAAUUAUAAAAAAUUGAUUUGAAAAAAAAAAUGGCUCCUUAUGUAUUAAAGCGAACAUUAUCGUCUGCAAAUGAAAAAGCAGCCAAGUGCAUUUACAAAUACAAGUAUGAACAAUAUCUUGCACAAAUCGAUAAAGUGCCAGUUUUAAACAAGGAUGUCAUUAAGUCAUCAAUGGUUAUUCCAUUGCAAUAUGGCAUUUGGCAGUUAUUGAUAUGUACUGAUGAAGAACGACUGAGCUAUAUGCAGAUGGAAAGAUCUAUAAAUUGGUGUGAAUCAGCUCGAUAUCUUGUUCCUCUAAUCACAGACAUGGAUGGAAACUGUAUGUUACAUUCAAUUUCUACGUAUAUCUUUGGCGUACAGGAUAAAGAUCAAGUGUUUCAAAAACUUCUUUAUCAAAGGUUGUUCAUGGAAAAAGAAGAAGGACCACUUAUUCUACGUUGGAGGCGAAAUACAGAACUUUUUAUGAAAAAAAUUGUGCAUAUAAACAUGCGAUACUAUAGGAUUGAAAGCCGUACAACUUGGCGAGAUGUAUUAGAUUGCUGCUCACCAAAGCCAGUUCUAACAAAAAGUCUGCAAGAGCAAAGCACAUUAACUGAUAUCCAUAUAUUUGCAAUUUCAAACAUAAUCGGGAGAGCAGUUAUUGUACUAUGUGACCACUUUAACCAAAUUGAUGAAAACGAAACAGUAUCAGCUUUAAAAGUAGGUGGUAUAUACUUGCCAUUGUUACGACAGCCAAAGGAAUGUGAGAAAUCACCUAUUGUCAUUGGCUUUAAAAAUAAUCAUUUUGUUCCCCUGAUAAGCUUGGAAAAUUUAGAGUUACCUUUAUCAAAGAAACAACCAAAUGACACAGCUCAGCAUUGCAUCCCUUUAGUUAAUUUUGAAUUGUCUAAGUUGCCAAUCAGAUUUUUACUUGAGCAAGAAGAAACUGAAGCUUGCAGAAAUAAUCUUUUAGCAAGUUAUCUUGAAACUUGUUUGAUUCCAUUUCGUGACAGGGAUGUAGAAGCAGCUUUGCUAAAAUUUAAACCCCCACCAGCUUGGUCAAUUGAAUUGUUAUGGUCAUUAUUUACACUAUCUGAAUCAAUAGCUGAAACAUCUGAGCCUGGAGCUCAUCUUCAAAAACACACAUACGAUGCAUUAAUACCCUGUGCAAGAAAGAAAGUAGGAUGCAGAAACAUGGCUUCUAACAACAAGGAACAUAUGUGCAUAGGUUGCUAUGAAGAGUACAUAGCAAAAAAAAAGGCUAUUCCAAAAAGAGCAGGUAUAAGAAAAGUAGUCGUUCAGCAUCAAGCCAAUGAUCUUACCAUGGAAACUUUUGAUGGCAAAUGUAUAAGUUUUGGUUGCACAAAUCUUGGGUUAAGUGAUUUACGUAACAUGUGCAGAGAGUGUUACAUCAAACAGAUUCAAUCUUCAUCGCUUUUCGGUAGUAUAACUGAUCAGCAAUCAUCACCAAAAGACAAAUCUUUUGGCAAUGUUCUUUUUGAGCUUGAUGAUAAUCCUGGACAAAAUAAAGCUUACAUUGGAUCUGCUUCCACAAAUGUUUCUUCUGCAAAUGAGAAUAUAGGGGGUUACCAUAGUUAUCAUUAUGAUAGUCAAUUACAUGCUUCAAGUGGCUCAAUGGCUUCAAGUUCUGCAGGUGAAAGGGCUAAUCCUAGGUUGCCUGAAUUUACCAAAUCCAAGGUAUUAUGUGGCGUUCCUGGUUGCGAGAAUAACAUUAAAAACUACACUACCCUUUGUGACUAUCACCAUGACCAUAAUGGCCCAAGAGAAGAAUGUAUUAUUAGUGGGUGCAAUAAUACUGCUGAUCUCAAUGACCAUAACUUAUGCAUGAUGUGUUUCCAAAGCAACAAACAUCUUGUAAAAGAACUGGAACUAAAAGGAAUAGAAAGACAAGGAGAUGUAAACCGUCACAUAGGCCGUGGAAGUGUUCCACGAUUUGAACGACCUCGAGAUGAUGAUGGAUUCGACCUUGCUGGUCUAGCUGAAAGCUUACCCCCAUUGCCCUCUACUUCACAACCGGACAUUCCACCUUUUAAAACGCAAUUUUACCAGGCUGAUAUGGGGUUGAGCAGGCAUAGUGAUGUUUCAUCUGACCCAGUUAUGUUUCAUGCGCCACAGCUCUACGAGGGUUUCACACCUGGGGGCAGGUCAAUCAACUUUGGUAAACAGGAUGGUGCUUUAAAUUGGCAAAAAGAAUGUGUGGCUAGUGGAAAAAAUGCAAAUGGAAAGCAGAAUAAAUGUAAUUAUUGUGAAAACCAUGCAAACCCAAAUAAGAAUGGGCUCUGUAACCAAUGCUACAAUCUCAAAAUGGGGACACAAAAACAGGGUAGUUCAGCAAAUCUUUUAAGAAAAUGCAUCAACGAUGGGUGUCGUGAACCUGGACAAGAAAAAUACAACUUUUUAUGUGAAAAGUGUUACCAAGAGCAAAUGAGAGAGUUGCAACCUGUCAGUCAAUUUGCACAGCCACCAAGGCGUCAUUUUGACCCACCUGGCAAUAUGAGUAGAAUUGAAGCACCACCCAUUCCACAGAUUGGAAGACCACCCAAUCAUGGUGCACCUACGAACCCCUGCAUCACGAAAGGUUGCGUUAAUUUUGCUUUUUUACCUUCUCGAAUCUGUACAAGAUGUCAACAGGACCCGCCCCCGUACAGCAGAUUCAUUGGCGAGAACAGACGGACUGAAGACGUCGCUACGUUUCCAAGCGCAACAAGUCAAGGUUUCGGUGUUCGCCAACAAUGCAAAGCACUAGAUUGUGAAUAUUUCGGAGAUGCAGAGUAUGGGGGUUACUGUUCAUCUUGUUUUAUGGACAUAACGAAGCAAGAGUCUGCUGUUAAAAGGCAAAGCGGUAUUAGGACGUUUGCGCCCCCUGAUGUGCACGCUUUUUCAACAGGCAUCCAGAAUAACGUUGGACCCAGGCUGGAUCCAAAUCCGCUGCCAUUUGUGCAGGGGGUUGCAGCACCAGAACCUUGUCAGUCGCAAGGAUGCGAUAUGUAUGGUCGACCAGAAUGGCAGGGGUAUUGCAGCAAAUGUUACAAGAAUCGUGUUGAGCGUGAUGUGGCGUGAUUAUGCGUAAAACCCUCUGUUUCAGUCUUGUAUGACACAUUUCAGGUCUUGGUGCGAUUAGGAGUUCAUGUGGUGUGAACGCACUAUGAAAAACGAAGGACAGGAAUAACAAGGAAGUGAAAAGGUGCCUGUCGAUGACAAUAGCCUGAAAUCGACGCCUGGACGCUUUUUAGUGACCUUUCUUUUAUGCAAAAAAUAAAGAAAAAACUUGCGCAGUCUAUAUUUGUUUUUGUACUUAUUUUUAUAAAAAAAUUUCAUUUAUUGUCCAUGCUCUGUGAAGCUCAACUGCGCCAUUGACUGGAUACACAUCCCUUUCAAGUGAAAAUAGCGAAGUUCCGGUUGGCCAGCAGACUGAACGUGUGUACUAGAUAUCAAUUUAUAUAAUGAUUAAUACAGUAGUCGCAAGUUUCUUAAUAUUUGAGAAAAAUAGUUUAUAAAUUUUAUGCAUUAAAUGCACUGCAAUGCUUAGAUAAGGAAAAACUUUUUUUUGUUGGUUGAAUAUUUGUUUCAAUGGACAUAUGGUCAUGGUUCUCAGUAGUGUUUUUAUCUAUUCUUUAUGUCCACGGAUAUAAUGCACUUAUCUGAUCAAGUAUACUCCCUUAAACUUGCGAGAGCCCUGACGAUGUGUUUUUCUAGUAAAAGGAAAUUGUCUACACGAACAUUGCUCACUUUUCUCCAACUAACUGCAAUCAUUGAGUUAUAAGCGUGAUAAAGGCAGAACCUUAAAAGCUAAGCAUUUGCGCUCUUUUUAAAGAAGCCGUUAAAAAACAGGAUAAAAGUUUUUUAUAUUGAUGCGCGCAUUACAAUGAUUGCAUGCAUUAAUUUUAAAAAAGAUUGGGAUUAGAUGCUUUGAAAUAUAUAUAAGCAUAUUGAAUCUGUACCGUGAAGCUGAAAGAAUAUUAAAUUUUUAAAUAAUUUUUUGUAUAUAGACAUUUUUUAUAUCCAAACAACUUGUUUACUUCGCUCUAGGCAUUGUGAAGUUCAUUAGUCGGUAGUAAUUGUUCAUAGGUGAAUUGUUUAUUUUUUUAUUGUGACACUUGCUCCAGGUUGUUUACCAAAUGUUAAAAAUUUAGCAAUUGUACGGUUGGUUAUUUAAAUUUAUGAUUGCUUUGUUUCAUGUAUGUUAACUGGAUGGCACAGUAAUUCAAUUUUGCCUAUUUAGAUUGUUAGGAAACGGUUUAAUACUGAAUUCCUAGCAUCACUUUUUUUAACGAAACUUUAGUGAAUAAAUCAGACCUAUUUAAAUUUUAUUGCCAAUAAUUUAUUAAUUUGGAUUUUUCGCGCACAUUUGUUAACAAAAAACCGGAAACAUUCGAAAUAAGAAAUAAAUAAAGUGAACGAAUUGACUUAUUUCUUUGUCUUACGCAAGUGCCGGAAAAGUGUCAAGCCGGUUUUUCAUGCAACCGUAAUUUUACACAACUAGGUACAGCAAUAAUACUAAAAUUCAACGUUUGGUUAUUGUUGUUCAAACAUCUGACAUAGACUUCCGUUUCCUGUCCGGGGGUAAAUUUAAAACGAUCUUGUGUUUUUUAUACAGAAUAGUUAACGGAAAAUCUUAACAAAAUAGAAGUCAUGCCUUCAUAAUUCUUCGUUUUGUUUUGUGAAAAUGUCAGAUAACGGGAAAGUAAGCUUAAUCUCUUUUUUCGUGAGGAAAGUAACAUUACCAUGCCAGUGAUUUGUAGUUGUUUUUUUUGGAAAGCAUUGCAGAUGCGUGACGUUUGUGUAUAUAUACUUAAAUGGCUUACUUGUUAUUUUGAUUGUGUUUUUAUUUUGAUUGUGUUUUUAUUGAUGAGUGAUUUUGUUUAUUUCUUUAGGUUUGAUUAUUGUAGAAAUGUAAAUAGUUUUUCCUUGCAUUUUACUAGAAUUAGCCAAAA